UUAUCGUCACUGCUCACCGGGAAUACCUAUCAAUUUCGACAACUUUCCCGUUCACCGCUCACGACGGCUUUCGGCCGUGCAGUUUGGUACCUUGGUGGUGUUACGGGCCACCUGCGGUAGUGCGGUCCGUCCAGUCGACGACCGAAUGUGGGACAGGCUCUAGGCGCCAACAGUAGGAAAUAGGAAUGUAGAAUAGAAUAGACCCACCAGCGAGAAAAGAACUGCCAACUGCGAACGGGACCGAUCGACGGACGUGUGUAGUGUAGUGUGUACUGUAUAUACUGUAUAUUAUUACCAUGUAGUUCAUUCAUGUUGUUGUUAUUGUUAUUAUUAUUAUCUUUUAUUACGGUUUUUAUCUAUCAUAUUGUUUAUAACAAUUUAUUUUUCAACUCAUCGUACAUUCGUGCUUCGAGUACAACUCACUACUUACUGCUCGCGUCUCGUGCUCUCGUGGAUGGCAGAAAAAAGUUUUUGUAUAAAAGCUGUGUAGGAGUUCAGAGCGAUAGGAGUUGGGUGUUUGUGUCACCAGUGCCUCGCGUUCGUCAGUCUCUUCGAACUCAUCCGGUGGCGUGUCGACGGUUUCCAUUAGCUCUACGAUACCACACAAUAUGUACUGGACGGUUCACACGUACGGUGGUCCUAGACGGGUCAACCACGCAGCGGUCGCGAUUGGCACGAGCAUUUUCACGUUUGGUGGUUACUGCAGCGGUGUAGACUACAAAAAGUUCAAGCCAAUCGACAUACAUAUACUUGACACCGAAAAAUUAAAAUGGUGGAAACUGGAGCUAAAUAAUCAAGACUGCUCAUGUGUACCGUUCCAGAGGUAUGGCCACACAGCAAUUAAUCUUGGAUCUAAUAUUUAUCUGUGGGGCGGACGUAAUGAUAAUAGAGUUUGCAACACUCUGUACUGUUUUAACACAGAAACUCUAAAAUGGACAACACCGAGUGUAUAUGGAAAUAAACCAGAGCCGAGAGAUGGCCAUUCUGCAUGUAUUAUUCAAAACUGCAUGUACAUAUUUGGCGGAUUUGAAGAACGCUCAGGUCUGUUUGCUUCAGAUUUGUAUAUGUUAAACUUACACUCCAUGGCAUGGAGUAUACUCAAAACAAAGGGACGUCCUCCAUCUUAUAGAGAUUUUCAUACUGCAACGGCUAUUGAUAAUAAAAUGUAUAUAUUUGGUGGUCGUAGUGAUUGGGCAGCACCAAGACAAACUGAUAAAGAUAAAUAUUGCUCUGAUAUUUAUUAUUUAGAUACUUCUAGAAGACAGUGGAUACGUCCAAAAGUCUAUGGUAUUAAACCCAUAGCACGGCGUAGCCAUUCUGCAUUUGUGUAUAAUGGCCUUUUUUACAUCUUCGGUGGGUUUAACAAGAACAAGGAUUUACAUUUUCAAGACAUAAAUCGAUAUGACCCAGUGAGUUCCACCUGGAUGAAAAUAUUACCGAAGGGUACGCCACCGUGUGCUAGAAGAAGACAGAUUUGUCAAUUAGUUAAUGACAGGAUAUUUAUAUCUGGUGGUACUAGUCCGAUUUUUCCCAAACCAGUAAUAAUUACGAGACUGCAGGAUUAUGAUCUGGGUGUACCAAUGAAUAUUACUUCGAAUCUCAAGGAUCACGAUGACCUUCAUGUUUUAGAUCUGAAGCCCAGCCUAAAAGAUAUGUGUAUGGUGAAUGUGUGGGAGAAUAUGGAAGAAAUGAAAAUUGAUAAUAUAAACGACCUGCACAUUCCGUUAUCAUUAAAGCAUGAUAUGACUGCCUUUGAUCCUUUUGAAAUAAUGGAAACCGAGAUCAACAUGAUGCAGUCAUAUGAGGAAAAUUUUCCGGUUCUUUCGUUGUAACUAACCAAAACAGAAAUGAAAAACGCACUGCACUCAUUACAACAUACAGCAUAUUUUAAACAUUGGUCUAAUAACCAACCUUUAAUAAUAUUAAAUCAUUAUUAAAACAAAAAAUUAACCUAAAAUUAUAAGACAUACUUUAUUUAUUAAAGAGUAUUAAGUUUUCUAUCCAAUAAGAAACAUAUUUAUUUGACCAUGUCUUGAUUUAAUUUAUAUUGUUGUUUUUUAUAACUAUGUUAGGUUAGAUAACUAAGGCAUAGAUACUAAUAUAAUAUAAUUGUUUGUUACAUUUUA